AUGGCCAAGCCUGCUACGCUUGUAGCAUCGGUUCGUUUGAGCGCACCUCCGCGAUUCCGUUUUCAUAGUUGCAAGUUGUUCCACGAGCCAGUCUCUCUCGUCAACCGCAACUGUGCACAAAGCACGGGCUGCACUCCUCCGAUGAACUGCUCCGACAGCAAAUGGUGGCGCGACACUUGGUCUAGUCACGGGAAAGCGCAGAUUAAACGACUGCUGCAGGCCGGCGGAAAACACGGUCGGGUCAGAUCCAGGUGGUAUCCUGGCAGCCUUAAACCGCCUCAUAGCCUCCUGGCGAUCGGUUGGCACUUCGAAAUCCGCUACAAGGGCAUCAAUCGCGCCAGCCUAGUUCAUCUUCCGAGGUCCUCUUCUGGUCGCAUCCAGGGCUGCCUUCGCUCGGCCUCUGAGAAUGGUCUUCAGCGCCGCCAAAUUACCCCGGUCAACAGCCUCCGCAACCUCCUCAAAGUCCACUGGACAUCCGUACACUCAGAGGGUUAUGGCAAAGAGAUCUUCAUUCUUAUCCUGACCAGCCUCCCGCAUCCGCUCCAACACAGCCUUCAGUUGCUCGUGCCCACCGCAACUGGGCACCAAGCGCGGGCUACACACCUUCGACGAACUGAUCCGACAGCAACUGGUGUCGCAACACCAGUGUUGGCAAAGCGCGAUCGACAUCUGCUGCAGGCCGGCGAAGAACACGGUCGGGUCAGACCCGGGUGCCAUCUUGGCGGUCUUGAACCGCCUCAUAGCCUCCUGGCGGCCGGCCGGCGGGUUGAACUCCGCUGCAAGGACUUUCUUUGCGGCGGCCCAGUUCAUCUUUCGGCAGCAUCCAGGGCCGCCGUCGCCCGGCCCUUGAGCAGGUUCUUCAGCGCUGCCAAAUUACCCCGGUCGGUCUCCUGCCCGGUAGCCUUCGCAACCUCCUCAAAGUCCUCCAACAAUGUCCGAACAUCCCCAUCAUCAAGUGUUUGCUGCCACGGAAUCUUCAAUCUUAUCCUGGCGACGGCAUCAAUUGAAAGGAAGAAGCCAUUCGCUGCGGAGCAUACGAUUAGUUUUGAGCGCAUGGUUUUGGGCAUCCUGAAAAAAGCGUUACCAGAUUUGAAAUCGGGAAAACAAAUUUUCACAACACGGAGCCGCCACUUAUUCUAUCAUUUAUAUUUGAACAACGUAGUCGCAAACAUACAAAGCCCGCAGAAUAAUAGGGCGUACACUAUAGAAUUAAGUUCAGUGAAACAUAAAUUUGACAUAACCCUGUAA